AUGGAUGUUGAUAAGAAUGCAUCGGGCCGCCCUCCGCAUCCGCCUCCGCCUCGCGCCAAAGCUGGCACGGGAUCCCAUCGACCGCUGGCCAAGGAAUCGAGAGAUGCUUAUUUCCGCAAUCUGUACACGAAAGCGCCCGACUUCAAGGCGAUAGCUCUCGUGGAUCCAGAUUUUGCAGCCGUGUUUAAUAGCGUCAAGGGACGAGAGCUCGACUUCAACGAUCCCAAAUCCGUGGCAAAUAGACACAAUUACAUCCUGUGGCUCAAGGACCUGUUGGACACGACAUCGUACGACGAGCCUGGUGGGAAAGCCGUCGGGCUGGAUAUCGGCACCGGAGCGAGCUGCAUAUACCCGCUGCUCGGAUGUGUCCAGCGCCCGUGGUCAUUCAUCGCAACUGACAUUGACGACAAAAGCUUGGAAUGGGCGAGAAAGAAUAUCAAGCUCAACGGCCUCGAAAGCCGAAUCCAAGUCAUCGGCCGCAAGCUCGACGACGCUCUCAUCCCGCUGGACGACAUCAAACUGGACUCCCUCGACUUCACCAUGACAAACCCCCCCUUUUACGAAUCCGAAGAGGCAAUGGUCAAGAGCGCAGAAGAAAAGUCUCGCCCGCCAUUCACCGCAUGCACAGGCGCCAAGGUCGAGAUGGUGACGCCGGGCGGAGAGGUGGGCUUCGUCGACCGCAUCUUCCAAGAGUCCCUCGUGCUGCGCGAGCGCGUGCGAUGGUAUACCGCCAUGGUGGGCUUCUUGUCCAGCCUCACGCGCAUAGUGGACAGGCUGAGGGAGCACAAGAUCGACAACUACGCCCUUACCGAGUUUCAGCAGGGCAACAAGACGAGGCGGUGGGCAAUCGGAUGGAGCUUCCGGCCCUUGCGUCCCGCACAGAGCGUCGCGAGAGGGACCAAGGCAGCCUUGUCCAAGGGGAUGAUCCUGCCGGCCAUUACGGAAUAUGUGGCAUUCCAGAUGCCGCUCUGCGAAAACAUCGGGGGCUUCGCGGAGACGUUGAGCAGCGCCAUUGCGGCGCUUGACCUGAUGUCCUGGGAGUGGGACAGAGAGAAGCUUCAGGGGGUCGGGAGGGCGGUGGACAAGGUAUGGGCCCGGGCGUGGCGGCGGCGGAAGAAGCGCGAGGCGGAGGCGGGCGAGCAGGGCAAGGGCGAAGAGAAGGCGACGUCGGAGCAGAUGUGCACGUUUGGCUUUCGCGUGGCCGUGAGGGUUUCGAGAGAGCAUGUUUCUGUGGAGGCGCGGUGGCUGGAAGGACACGAUGAGACGGCCUUUGAAAGCUUCCGCGGGUUUCUGAAGGCUGCGUCGGAGAAGGCUACCGAGGACGUGAAGAAGAAGGUUGACAACUGA